AGCCAGUCGUGUUGUAGUCGGCGCGUGGUGCGUGUCUAGUUCGCGUUGAGCACAGAUUUUUCGAAAUAGCGCCUUUUCUUUUUCCUCUUUUUAAUAUGCUGAAAAGAACAUUUUCUCGAUUUUUAGCGUAAAAAUAUCUGUAACUCUGUAAAGCUUUGUUUGAUCGAAUCGGUAUCCACAAUUUCAUUCGAAUGGGUGGAUCAACGAUUUUUUGUGAGUUCUCGAUACUUUAUUGGUUCUUUUCCCGCUAAUCGAUUUUGGAUAUAUCGAUUGGAUUGCGUCAUGACAGGUCUGAAUUUAUCGAAGGCAGCGUAAGUGAUGCCUCGGGAGCCCAAUCGGGGAUAUCUGUUGGCCGUGCUGCUGCUAUUGGUCGGUUCCCGCAAGGCUAGCUGCUCGACAUCCGCUCCCCGAUAUCCAGUUUGUAAACCGGGUUUCGAAUUUUGGUCGGUCGAGCGUGACACCUGUUGGCCUUGCACCAGAUGUGCUCCUGAAUUUACGUUAAGUCCCUGCACGAUUUACAAGGAUGCUAUUUGCGGGCCAUUGUCAGCACUCGAGCUCGAUUGGUCUUUCCUCUCGACGAAGAAACGACCGGAAACGGGCCAAAGGAGCCUCGAGGCUGUCACCUCGAAGAUGUUCUGGAGGUUCUCGGAUUUGGACCAACAACAGAUCAGACAAGAAUCGAAUGAUUUCGUAGGACGCGUAGGGAAUUUGGAACGUAAUAUUGAAUUGGAAACGAAGGAUCAGAUAGUAAAUGAACCUCGUCUGAGGGAAACGUCUUCGGAGGAGAGAAUCCUGUGGGAUUGGCAAACAGGAGCCUUGAUCCUUGCCGUCUGUGCCUGUAUUCUUUUUUUCCUGGUCGCAGGAUGCUCAGCUCUAGUCUACGCGAGGCAGUGGCGUCGAAUGAAGAAAAACUUCGAGCCGGUGGGUCUAGAGGAGAUCUCGGCUCGAUUAAAUUUAAUGGUCAAGGCAGAACUAGCCGAACUGGUUGCAGGCGCACCCAUGAACCCGGGUGAUCCAGAAACAAGGUGCCAAUAUCUCGAGAAACUCUUAGACCGGAAGAGGGCAACUUCUGUGAUGGUGGAUUGGCCGGAAGUUACCGGAAAUCUUUACAUAGAAGAGAGGGAACCCCCAAAAGCGAAAAAAUUACAUAUCGCUCGAAUUCAUCGAAACAUCGAAACGAUUUUGAAUCAGAAAAAGAAUUCUAUUGAUCAGUAGAAUCCAGAGAGUGUAUUUUCCGCUUCGAAUGAAUUACACAAUCAGAUCGAUGAUAAUUUGUAUUUAUACACGUAUUUAUAAUUGUACUCGUCGUGGAUAGAACGAAUGACUAAUGGUACAAAAUCGUAUUGAAAAUUGUGUACACGAGAAAUCUGUAUUAUUUUUUAAUAAUUUAAUGUCUUUACACUUUUUAUAUAACUUUUCUUUUUUGUUAUUUAAAUAAAUACAUGCGUAAAGAAGAGGAUGAACUCCUCGUACGAAGUCUCGGAGCUCGAACAAGAUCGAGCGAUGAACGACUUGACCGUUCAAUUAUUUAUUUUUUUUUAUUAGCUUUAAAAGCCGCCAUCUUUGUAAUAUAAUAUUAACGAUGUAUCUACCGAGAAACAAAAUAAAAUGGUAUAAACGGUGGAACUAUUAA